CGAAUAACAUUGACAGCAUGAAAACAUUACAAAUAUUUACAUUAUUUGUUUUAGAAAAACUAAAUUUUCUCUGGUUACGUGUAAAAAAUGCGAUAGGCAAUAACUUUUCUUUAAAUAAAAAUGACUACACCUGGACAGUUUGGUCCCACAAUCCCCCUAAGAGCCGCCCCUUCGGAACAACAGUGGGAAAUCAUCAAACUUGACAUACAAUUCCUCAACUUCGCCAAUUUUGACCCAGAUAUCGUCGCUGUAAUGGCUCCCCAAGACCCAAAACAAGACGCAGCAAAAGUCUACGAUAAGAAAGAUCUGCUGACCAAAACCAUUCAUUUGAAGCAGAUCGAUUUUUGGUUCAAACAAGCCGGGGUUCUUUCCAAAGAUUUAACGAGGACUGACACUGGCUUAGCGUACUUUAAGUUUCAGGUGAAGGGUAUCCUUUUUGCGGAUUUUCUGACUCUCUUGGACGAUUUAGCGGAAACUAAAGAAUUGUCAGUGGAAGAUGUUAAGUUACAACUUCAGUCGUGUGGAUUACCAGGUGCAUCCAAAACUGCAAAAGCUGGACAAUAAAAAAUGUAAGUACCCACAUCGAAAGGAGUAAAAUAUUUUGAAGGACAUUAAAAAUAUUUUUAAUAGUGUU